AUGCAUUAUAUCCGCCUUAUGAGGCCACCGAGCCUCGAUAAGCAACAGAAGCUGAAGCUUGUCCUCACCAUAACGACGGAUCUGGGUGACUCGUUCCUCUGUCCAGAUGAUCCUGUGCCUAUCUCGGUGUACAUCACUGGGAGGCCCGUUGCAGGUACCGACGAAGACCAAAACGAAACAUUUUGCCUCACUCCCAGGACAGCCGGCAAAAGCGGUACUCUCUGGAAAGCGGGCAUGAGGAUCCUAAAGCUGGAGCUGCCAGUGCCUGACAAAGCUUUCAAGAGCAUCAAAAAAGCAUCGUCACAGAUAAGGCCAGUGCCCGCCAUUUGCAUUGUCGCCUCACACAACCUUGAGGACCCACCCAAGGCUGCAGACAUCCCGUUCGAUGCAGAAGGCCGGAUUAUAGCCCUUGAAUCUGGGUUUCCCUACCCUUCAGAUGGGCAGCAGACCUUCGAGUCUUUGAGGCGAUUCGCACUUGCCGAAGGGGGCUUUUUGCGCGUGGACGAAAGGAUUGGUGAGAGCAUUGACCGUCACGUUUGGGAUGCCGGUGUAGUCACCACUGGUGUGCUUUUGAACCUGUGCCAGGACGGGGGCUCGGAACACACGUGGGACACGACGCCACUGCUGAAAGAGCUCCUAUGCAAUGUAACACCUAAGUGCUCUCUCAACGUUAUUGAGCUGGGUUGCGGUGUUGGGAUCCUGGGCGUAGGGCUGGCGGCUGCUCUGUACCGGCGCAUGUCUUCGUCAUGGGACCCUGAAGAUUUUACACAGUCACCCAGCAGUAUUCUCCUGACUGACCUGACCGACGCCGAGGAAGUGGCAGUGCGGAAUAUUGCCGAUGAGAAGCUGGCUAGGGAGCCUGUCCUCUCAGGGAAGUCGAGUGUAGAGACAGCUUUCGAGAGCCUCGACUGGGACGAGGGAAAGACGGGCGUGUUUGGCCCAAAGGCGAAGGCGUCGAGCUGGGACCUCAUCAUCAUCAGCGACUGCACGUACAACGUAGACAUGCUAUCUGCGCUGGUGAAGACUAUCUCUGAGCUGCACAAGCUCUCGAUGGACCGGGACAGCAAGAGCUCCAGAGUCAUGCUGGCAACUAAGCCACGGCAUUCAUCCGAGAAGGCACUGUUUGGCCUGAUGGAUGAGGACGGCUGGAGGAUACUGGAGAGUGCCAGCCAACCGUUACCUGUGCUCGGCUUGGAGGAGCAGACGGUUGAGAUCUAUCUGUUCGGGAAGGACUCUGCGCAGCCGUCUGAUGGCCGAGCACCUACACCGUCUGCAUCCAAGCGCAGGAAGCUGCGAUGA